GGAUCCGAGUUGUUUUCUGCGUCGUCCUUUUAUUAUUUUCUCCUCCUCCUCUCCAGUUUUGUUUGUGAGCCGGCGGAGAGGUGGAGAGAAGACCGACGGACGGACGGACUAUGGCAGUCGAAGCCUGAAGCUCGGACAGCUGUCGGAUGAGGCCGCGGCGGCUCUAAAGAAAGGAAGACUGGGGGAUUUACACACUGUAGAUAUUUACAUAUAAAACACUAACGGUAAUCUCAGCGUUAGAGCCGAGAGAGCUGGUGUGAGCGUCGGCGGCCGCAACAGCAGCAGCAGCGAUGGAGGAGAAGAAGGAGGAGAGCGAAGCGGAGAUCCAGGAGCACGGGCCGGAGCACUGGUUCUCCAAAUGGGAGCGGCAGUGCCUGGCCGAGGCCGAACAGGACGAGCCGAGCGAGGAGGACGUCGAGCAGAGCCGGCAGAAGCUCUGGCAUCUCUUCCAGAACUCCGCCACGGCGGUCGCGCAGCUCUAUAAAGAUAGAGUUUGUCAGCAACAGGGCCUUUCUUUGUGGGUUCCCUUUCAAAAUGCUGCUACUGCCGUCACCAACCUCUACAAAGAGAGCGUGGAGGCCCACCAGAGGAGCUACGAGCUUGGCAUUCAGAUCGGCCAUCAACGGCGGAACAAGGACGUGCUGGCCUGGGUGAAGAAGAGGAGGCGGACCAUUCGUCGAGAAGACCUCAUCAGCUUCCUGUGUGGCAAGGCCCCACCCCCGCGCAGCUCCAGGGCCCCGCCCAGACUGGCCAUGGUGUCGCCCAGCCGGCCCACAUCCUCGGAAACGAGCUCGUCCGUGGAGACGGAUCUGCAGCCUUUCAGGGAGGCCAUCGCUUUGCAUGGCCUAAGCGGUGCCAUGGCAAGCAUCAGUAUGCGCUCUGGAGCUCCGGGGUCGCCCACACACCUGAGCGCCAGCUCCGCCCCGGGGCGCCGCAGAAACGGUCUCCACGACGUGGACCUCAACACCUUCAUCGCCGAGGAGAUGGCGCUCCACCUGGACAAUGGCACUCGGAAACGAAGCUCCGCCCAGUGCAAUGACGUCAUCACAGACUCGCCCACCCACAAACGCAAUAGGAUGAUCUGAGCUGUCGCGAGAAACGACAAAAAAAAGGCAAAAAAACAAACAAGUUAAAAUAAAGUAAACGACAGAAAAAUAAAAGCGAAAAAAGCCACUCCUCAGUCAUCCUCCCAUCUUUACUCUGACCAGGAAACAAUAAGCAGCCGAUUUUUAAAAAAAAUCUCUGAUUGGUCUAAAGAGCCCAGUGAGGUCACAAUGGGAGGCGGAGCUCAGCGCAGAGGCCGAAGUGCCCUUCCAUACAAUUGUGUCUACAUAAACACACAUACGCACACGCCCUCCAUUCACUCUGGUUCUGUUCUUGUCUGUUUGAAUGUCUCGAGUCCAUAAGGUCGCAUUAAGGCAGUACUGACACUUUACAGAGUGCAGGAAAAGGAAGAAUUACACUUUUGUUGUUGUUUUUUUCUGUCUGUGCGUAUUAAGGGCAGUGUGUUUAGGUGGUGCGAGUGUUGCUGUGAACGCGUGGGUGUGCAUGUUUAACACUGAACCGUGUGCGUGAUCGUGGAUCCGUCUCGUCUACACGUGUGAGAAUUUGCAAGUAUUCCGACAUUAAAGCGUGCGCGUUUGCACGAGAGAGGUGUGGAGCGUGUGUGUGGUACCUGCCUCUUCCAACAGCGCCUGUCACUGCCCCAGCUCUCAGCUACCACACUGCGGCUUAAAGAGCAACAAACGCUUUUUUUAUUUUAAAAUAUUAUUUACUAUGUUAUUUUAUUUGUAUAUUUUUUUUGCCGUCUCUAUUUGCUGCUCGAGUAGCAGGCACAAGUGCUCCGAUAGCUGUACUUACUCUAUUGAGCACGACCCUGAAUCACUUAUUUUUCUCCUACGAACCUCCCUCGUCCCCUUUAUGCGUUCAUCCCAUCAUCCCUACCCCUCCCUCCCUCCCUCCUUUACCCUCCCGCUCCCUCCCUUCCACCCCAGCACCUUUGUCUCCAGUGUAACAUUAUGUAAUGUAAAUAACUGUAGGUGCUGACAUAGACUUGUGGUACAUAUUGUAAAAAAGAGCUGUGCAGAGACCAUUGAAUUGUUAAUGUACAAUAAUGAUUCUUGCAUUAAAGAAAUCAAGCUUUUAACUA